AUGCCUCGCAGCAAGAGAUCAAAGGUCGUAUCAUUGACAAAGACGGGGAAGAAGCCCGGAAGAGAGAACAAUGAGCGUCUCUUCACAAAGGUCCGGGAGUCCCUCGACGAGUAUCAGACAUGUCUUGUCUUCUCCGUCGAGAACAUGCGCAACACCCAUUUGAAGGAGGUGCGAACAGACCUCAGCGACUGCAGACUCUUCUUCGGCAAAACCAAAGUCAUGGCCAAAGCCCUCGGCACCACCGCCGCCGACGAAUACCGCGACAACCUCUCCUCCCUCUCCAAGCACCUCGCGGGCAACGUCGGCCUGCUGUUCACCAACCGGCCCGCGCAGGAGAUCAUCGAGUACUUUGAGACCUUCAUCAAGGCCGACUAUGCGCGCAUGAACUGCAUUGCGCCGCUCACGUUCGUCGUCCCCGAGGGCACCGUGUACAGCAUGGGCGGGCAGAUCCCGACCGAGGAAGACGUGCCGCUCGCGCACUCGCUCGAGAGCACCGUCAGGGCGCUGGGCAUGCCGACGAAGCUGCUGCAGGGGAAGGUGCACCUGGACCAGCCGUACACGGUCUGUGUAGAGGGGAAGAAGCUCGACUCGAAGCAGGCGAAUUUGUUGAAGCAGUUUGGGUGUGCAGUGGCCGAGUUUAAGGUUGAGCCUGUUGCGUACUGGUCAAAUGCGGACUUCAAGGUAGUCGAGUGUAGCAAAAACGCUAUGGAGGAAUAG